AUCAUUUAGCCGGAAUAAUGGUGUACUUCAAGAACUUAUCAGAUAAAAUUGGUUAUUUAAUCAAAUUUCAUCUUAAACAUUAUCAGUCCUGAUUACGAGGACGUCGACAAAUUUAUAUAUACACACCAUGCCGUAUAACGGACAAGAGAUUGAACUAAUGGAUGACGAUACUUAUUAUUAUGAGGAAUCAAUGGAGAAACCAAGAAUGAAAUGUUGGUUAAAAACUCUAAUUAUCACAGGAAUUGUAAUCUUUUCUUUAGCUCUGUUGGUAUUCAUUGGAAUAUUCGUGGUAUUCCCAAUAGUAUUUAUGGAAUCUCUGUCAGUAGAAAGGACCUUCAUGUUUUGGAACAUUGAAAACCCAAAGAAUCCAGAAUUCGACAAUCCGGAGAAGUACGGAAUUACUGGGGUGAACAACUUCUACAUCACAACCAAAGACUCGGACUCGAACUACAGGAAUCUGGUUAAGAUUGGAGUUUGGCAAAUUUUACCAAUCGACCAAGAACACAGCACCGAAAAGGACGUAGAAAAAUUGCUGAGGGCUGAAACGAAGUAUCCAAUUCUGAUGUACAAUCAUGGGGUGGCGUGUACCAGAAUAGUACCCACUCAGGGAUACAAAAUUUUACGUAAAAAGUUCCACAUUUUUGCCAUGGAUUAUAGAGGAUAUGGGGACUCAACUGGUGCUGAUUUAAGUGAAUCAGGAAUUAUCGAGGACAAUGUGCAAGUGUAUGAGUGGAUUAGAAGUAGAACGAACCAAGACAUUUACAUAUGGGGCCACUCUUUGGGCUCUGCCCUUAGCAUACACACUGUAAAGGCUUUGUGGGAGGAAAAGCGAAUUGUACCCAAAGGUCUUGUGGUCGAGUCUGCGUUCUCCACCAUGAGGGAGGAAGUUCUUGGCAAUCCUUUAGGCAAAUUCUUUAGUUGGCUGGCUUAUUUCAACGCCACAGUUUUGGACCCCCUGGAAGACCAUGGCUUUAGAUUCUGGUCCACUAAAAACAUCAACGAGGUCCGUUGUCCAACGAUGCACAUGCAUGCAGCAGAUGAUAAUGUUAUUUCCUGGAAACUUGGGGAAAAAUUAAUGAAAGCAGCCCAAGCAAGGAACACAUACUCUGGACGAACACUGUGGCAUCUAUUCCCUUCCCUACGUGGAUAUCAGCAUAAUAACAUCAUUACUGAUCCAAAUAUUCCACAAUAUGUAGAUGAAUUUAUUGAACUCUGUAAUAAUUAUUCAGACAUCCAGAAGCAGAAGAUAUUAGGGAAUUAGAUAACAGAAAUAAAUAUAAUUAAUUUAUUAUAUGUAUUUUAUAGUUUUGUAAUAAAACCUUUAAUUAAUUAAUAAUA